CACUUCCGCGGCUCUCCGAAGCGCGGGGCUUCUACCCCCGUGGGUGGGUGAGGUACCGGCCACCGGCAUGCUCCUCCGCCUGCUCCUGCUGCUUGCGUUGUGCGGUGCGGGCUCCGCUGCCAUGGUGGUCAGCGUCAGCUUGCGGGGAAGCUGGAGGAUCCGCAGCGGGAACGGCUCGCUGGAGUUGCCCGCGGAGGUUCCCGGUUGCGUGCACAGCGCCUUGUUCCACCAGAGGCUUAUCCAGGAUCCUUACUACAGAUUUAAUAACCUUAACUACCGAUGGAUCGCCUUGGAUAACUGGACCUAUAUCAAGAAAUUUAAAAUCCCUUUUGACCUGAGCAAAUGGCGUAAAGUAAAGUUGGUUUUUGAAGGCGUCGAUACAGUUACAGUAGUCCUGCUCAAUAAUAUUCCUGUUGGCGAAACAGACAACAUGUUCAGAAGCUAUAGCUUUGAUAUUACACAUGUGGUCCAAGCAAUAAACAUCCUUGAGGUGCAUUUCCAGUCACCAGUGAUAUAUGCGGACCAGAGGAGUAAAGUUCACACUCACUACAGCGUGCCCCCCAACUGCCCUCCGCGUGUGCAGGAUGGCGAAUGUCAUGUCAACUUUAUUCGCAAGGCACAGUGUUCCUUUAGUUGGGACUGGGGGCCUUCCUUUCCUACCCAGGGCAUCUGGAAAGAUGUUAGAAUUGAAGCCUAUAAUAUUUGUCGUCUGAACUACUUCACAUUUACCCCCAUAUAUGAUAAUAAUAUCCAGGAGUGGAAUCUUGAAAUAGAGUCUUCUUUUGAUGUUAUCAGUUCAAAGCCAGUUUUGGGUCAAGCGAUUAUAGCCAUCCCUGAAUUAAAAAUACAACAGACAAACAGCGUUGAACUUCAUCAUGGGGAAAGGAUUGUUAAACUCUUUGUGAAAAUUGACAAGAGUGUUACUAUAGAAACUUGGUGGCCUCAUGGACAUGGAAACCAGACUGGGUACAACAUGACAGUUCUUUUUAAGCUGGAUGGAGGCUUAAGUUUUGAAAAAUCAGCUAAGGUUUAUUUUAGGACAGUGGAACUCAUAGAAGAGCCCAUAAAAGGAUCCCGUGGUCUGAGUUUCUACUUCAAAAUUAAUGGACUUCCAAUAUUUCUGAAAGGCUCGAAUUGGAUUCCCCCAGAUUCAUUCCAGGAUCGAGUAACCUCUGCCUUAUUACGGCUCCUUUUGCAGUCUGUUGUGGAUGCUAACAUGAAUGCUCUCCGGGUUUGGGGAGGAGGAAUUUAUGAGCAGGAUGAAUUCUAUGAACUCUGUGAUGAACUGGGAAUAAUGGUAUGGCAGGAUUUUAUGUUUGCCUGUGCGCUUUACCCAACUGAUCAGGAUUUCAUGGAUUCAGUGAGAGCAGAAGUUGCUUACCAGGUCAGGAGACUGAAAUCUCAUCCCUCCGUCAUCACAUGGAGUGGAAAUAAUGAAAAUGAAGCAGCUUUGAUGUUGAAUUGGUAUGAUAUACAGUCCAGCAACCUGUCCACCUACAUCGAUGAUUAUGUGACACUGUAUGUGAAAAACAUCCGAAGGAUUGUCUUCGAAGGAGACCAGACUCGUCCUUUUAUCACGUCCAGUCCUACAAAUGGGGCUAAAUCCACUGCAGAAGGCUGGCUCUCUGAAAACCCAUAUGACCCGAAUUAUGGUGAUGUACAUUUUUAUGACUAUGUUGGUGAUUGCUGGAAUUGGAAAAUUUUCCCCAAAGCUCGAUUUGUAUCUGAAUAUGGAUAUCAGUCCUGGCCUUCCUUCAGUACAUUAGAGAAGGUUUCAUCUAAAGAGGACUGGUCUUAUGAAAGCAAAUUUGCACAUCAUAGACAACAUUUCACAGAUGGUAACUAUAAAAUGCUUCACCAGGCUGCGCUUCAUUUCAAACUCCCCCAAAGUGCAGAUCAAUUACGCAAGUUCAAAGACACUAUUUAUCUUACUCAGGUGAUGCAGGCCCAGUGUGUCAAAACAGAAACUGAAUUCUACCGCCGCAGUCGCAGCGAGGUAGUGCAUGGAGAAGGGCACACCAUGGGGGCGCUUUAUUGGCAGUUGAAUGACAUCUGGCAGGCUCCUUCCUGGUCUUCUCUAGAGUAUGGAGGAAAGUGGAAAAUGCUUCAUUAUUUUGCUCGUCAUUUCUUCGCUCCGCUGUUGCCGGUGGGUUUUGAGAAUGAAGAUGUGUUUUUCAUCUACGGUGUGUCAGACCUUCAUUCAGACCACAAGAUGAUGCUCACUGUGAGAGUCCACACAUGGAGUUCCCUGGAGCCCGUGUGCUCUGAGACGACGAAGCCUUUUGUGAUGAAAGCAGGGGAGUCUGCUCUUCUCUAUGAUAAGCCAGUAGCUGAAUUAUUAAGAGGAUGUACAAAUUGUACACGACAAAGCUGUGUGGUUUCCUUUUACCUGUCAACUGCCAGGGAGCUCUUGAGCCCAACCAACUAUCACUUCCUGUCCUCACCAAAGGAGGCCAAGGGGCUCCACAAGGCAAAUAUCACUGCCACCAUCUCUCAGCAAGGGGACACAUUUGUUUUUCAUCUGAAAACCUCAGCUGUUGCUCCCUUUGUUUGGUUGGAUGUAGGAAGCAUCCCAGGGAGAUUCAGUGACAAUGGUUUUCUCAUGACUGAGGAGACACGGACUGUAUUCUUCUACCCUUGGAAACCCACCAAUGAGAGUGAAUUGGAGCGAUCUUUUCAUGUGACUUCACUGGCGGAUAUUUACUGAGGGAAUCCAGGCUGUAUUGGCAGGAGCUGAAGGCAACCAGAAACAAGUUGAAGAGGCCAGGAAACGCGUCUGCUUGCUGUCAGGUGUCUGCAUAACCACUUGGUGAAGAGCUUGUACUAGUGCAUUCUCCCAGGGAAGGCUGUGUACUCAGGUGAUGUCCUCCUCCAACAAAGCUGUGCCUAGGUGCCGUCCAGUCCGCACCAGGACUGUGGUUUUAGCCCAUUCCCCCACAGCUUUUGCACCACAUGAACCAGUUAUAACCCAACUGCCUCUCCAAGCCCCGAAAGGAGGUCUGUCCACGUGCAGCCCUUUAAGGGAAUCACAGGUACGUGAUUAUUGCGGUAUCUGUGGAAUCAAAUGUGGAAGGUCGUGAGGUCAUGUAGGCUCUCGUGGUUAGCUUUGAGAAAUACCAAAUAAUCGGAAUGAAACUGCUUUGUUGUUAUUUCCAGAGGAAACGGAGAUUCAAAUGUCACAACAGAAAGAGAGUUCUGGGCGGUAGCCAUAUUGGUUGCUAUUGCCGGAAAACUUGGGGGGUUGAUUUUUGUCAUUCGGUUACUUUUUGGGUAGGAGUCCUUUUUCCAUUUGCAACGUUUUUUAAAAAAUAUUGUUUUAACAAUAAUAAUUUAUUUUUUCAAAGGCCAUUGGAGUGAUUCUUUGGAAAAAAAGCUCGUAUUGAAAUGGACAUCACCAUGGUCACUUUGGAAACUUCCGGGUGUCCUGACAUAGGUCACCCAUCGUUAUGUAUGGGCUUCAGAUUUGGUUGAAUCCAGUGAGCUUUCCAGUUCAAGGCUGUGGUUAGAUUUGUACUUGGUGAUCCUGGCAGCAAAGUGGUGUUCCCUUUAACUUGAGUUUGAACCAUCUUAAAAAACAUUGAUUCAUUAUAAUUGCUAUGAAAUCAUUUUAUUCUGCAUUAUCAUGUUUAUAAAAUCACACUGGUAAUGAAGCAAAGAGGGCAAAGUGUUAAUAAGUAGCCAAUGUGGGUAAAGGUGUGUAGGAAUUUUUUCUGCUUUUGCGACUUUUCUGUAAGUUUGAAAUUAUGUUAAAAUUUUAAAGUUGUAUAAAUUGCAUUGACAAC